UUUCAAUAUCAUUUGUUUUCUGUAUUUUUUGCGUUAAGAAAGAAGAACACACAGAUAGUGAGAGAGAGAACAAGGCAUACAAAUGGCAGAAGAGAUUGGUGUGAGUGUACUAGGAAAGAUCGCAGAGUUGCUGCUGAUUGAGCCAAUUCAACGAGAACUUGGUUAUCUAUUCUGCUUCAGCAGUAACUUUCAAGAGCUCGAAACUCAACUAACCCAACUAAAAGCAACCAGCAACGAUGUACAAGGAAGGCAAGAUGCAAAAAAGUACGAGGGAAAAACUCUGGGUGAUAGCGUCCAGUUAUGGAUUGGGGAUGCAAAAGGAAAAAUUGAAGAAGCGGAGAGUCUUAUCAAAGAGAAGGCCGAGGUUCAAAAGGGGUGUUUCUCCAUCAAAUGGUGUUCUAAUAUAAGCUUGCGCUUUUCAUUGGGCAGGAAAGGUAAGAAGUUAUCUCUCCUUCUCGUCGAGCUUCUUAGACGUGGUGGUGAGCUGCCGAGCGAAGGUUAUGACUUGCCCGUGCAGCCCAGAAGCUGCUGGAGAAAGUACAAUAGCGAUGAUUUGGAUUUUGAGAGUCGAACAAAGAUUAAAGAAGACAUCGUUGAGAAGUUACUGGACGAAGAAACAAUGUUAGUAGGGAUAUGCGGAAUGGGAGGAGUUGGAAAGACCACUCUCGCCAAACAAGUCCUCCAAGAGUUGGAAAUACCUUGCGUGGAGGUGCUGAGUAUGAAAUCUAUUCCAAAUAUUAAAACAUUGUGCAACAUCUUGCUACCAUCACUGCAAAAGUUGAAAAUUGAUAGUUGUGAUGACUUUCAAUAUGUUGACUUCUUUGAUAGCUUGGUUAUUUCUCAUCUUAGAAAUUUAAUCAUUAAAAAUUGUACAAAGUUGAAAGGAGUAGUAGGAGUAACAACGGGGGCAGAAGAGCAACAGAGAAAAUCAAUUGAAUUCCCUAAUUUGUCAACAUUGGAACUUGAAUCCUUAGUCGAACUCGCGAGUUUUGUCAUCGACGUCAGCAAUUUGGGUGACAAAGAGGAAAAGUCGCAAAGUGCACUAUUUUAUCAAGAUGAUUAUCAGGUCUCGUUUCCCUGCUUAGAAGAUUUGCAAAUAAAGAAAUUGUCAAAGAUAAAUUAUAUAAUAGGAAGGAAACGUGAACAAUUAAGAGGACAUCAUGAUCAUGAUGAUAUCGAGGAAGGCCAUGGAAGGAAAAUUCAACAACCCAUAUUAUUAUUAUUCCCUAAUUUGAAGAGAUUGGAGCUUUAUGAUUUAGAGGAACUCUUGAGUUUUGUUGGAGUGAUGAACAACAAUAUGGACAACAAUUGCAAAAAUCAAAAUGCACUCUUUCAUCUCGAUGAUGAUGAGGUCUGGUUUCCUUGCUUAGAUGAGUUGGUGAUAGAGGGAUUGUCAAAGAUAAAUUAUAUAGUAGGAUGGAAAGAAGGAGAAGGACAUCAUCAUCAUAAGACAUUUCCCGUAUUACAUCGCUUGGAGUUGCAUAGAUUAAGCAAUUUAAUACAUGUGUAUGAAAUCAACGAGCAGCCAGGACUAGGAGGAGUGCUUUUAUUUCAAAACAUGACAGACCUGAGAGUUGGUGGAUGUGGGAAAUUGAGAUAUUUGUUUUCGGAGAAUAUAGGUAGAGUCGCUGUCGAGAACCUUCGGUGGAUACAUAUCAAUGAUUGUGGAAUGAUGGAAGUGGUGAUGAAGAAUAUUGAGGAUGAUAGAACUGAAAGAGGAAGUAAUAAUUCUGUCGACGGAAAUAGUCGUCAUUUCUUUCCACUCCUUCGACGAUUGUUACUUUGGAAUCUAUCAGGUUUGAGGAGCUUUAGUGAUGUUGCUUAUACUUGGGAGUUGCCAUCACUAUAUUGUAUAGAAGUGUUCAGAUGUCCGAAGCUAGAGGCACUCUCUCCCGGCUAUUUGGAUUCUCCAAUGCUGAAGAAAUUCGAAUAUGAUGAUAGAAAUGUAUAUAAUACUUGGAAAGGUGACGUUAACGAUGCAUUGCGUCAUCUUUUUUUAUCAAGGUACUCUCUCCCACUCUCUCUCUCAUUUAUAAAGAGGAAAGAGAAUGGAGAAGAUGAAUAUGAAGAAUAUCUAGAAAAACGAAAGAGAAUGAAGAUGAUGAAGAGAGACUAG